GACCUGCCUCACUCUGUCCUGCUGGUACACUUGGCAGCCAGGCUGACUACUGCUGCUCCAGGGCCUCCUCCCAGCCUCAGAUUUCAGCUCAGCACCUCCAGCAGCCUGGCUCAUGGCUCUGCUAUUCUCCUUGAUCCUCGCCAUUUGCACCGGACCUGGUCUCUUAGAUGCCCGUCCAAGCUCCCAUCCCUUUGGAAGGUCUCCGUCCAGUGUGCGGCUGGUGGGAGGUGCCCACCACUGUGAAGGGCGGGUGGAGGUACAGCAGGCCGGCGAGUGGGGCACCGUGUGUGAUGACGGCUGGGAUAAGAACGAUGCAGCCGUGGUGUGCCGGGAGCUGGGCUGUGGAGCCGUCAAGAGGGCAAUCAGUGGUACUGUAUAUGGGCCACUGACACAAGGAAAUCAAAAAAUCUUCAUCCAAGAAUUCAAAUGCAAUGGCAUGGAAGAGAGCCUGUCUCAGUGUGAAAGGGAAGAUUUUUUUGACUGCACUCACGAGGAGGAUGCAGGAGCUGUAUGUGAGUUCCCAGAGAAUGUGCGGCUGGUUGAUGGCCCUAAGCGCUGCCAGGGCCGAGUAGAGGUGAAGCACCAAGGGCAGUGGGGCACCGUGUGCAAAGCAGGCUGGAGCUUCGCAGCUGCCAAAGUGGUUUGCCGGCAGCUGGAAUGUGGACGGGCCAUACUGACCCGGAAAUGCUGCAACAAAGCCACCCAGGGCCAAGGGCUCAUCUGGCUGAGAAAGGCAUCAUGCUCAGGAAAAGAAAUCAGCCUUCAGGAUUGCCCUUCUGGGGUUUGGGAAAGGAACAACUGCACCCAUGAUGAGGACGUGUGGGUGGAAUGUGAAGAUCCCUUUGAACUGCAGCUGGUAGGAGGAGACAGCCGCUGCGCCGGGAGGCUGGAGGUGUUGCACAAGGGCGAGUGGGGCACUGUCUGUGACGAUGGCUGGGGAGAAGAAGCCGACCAGGUGGUAUGCAGGCAGCUGGGCUGCGGGGAGUCCCUCUCUCCAUCUGCCAAAUUCCGGAGAAGAUUUGGCCCUGGGGUUGGCCACAUCUGGCUGGAUGACGUUGCUUGCUCAGGGGAGGAGAGGUCCCUGGAGCAGUGCGCGCACAGGUUUUGGGGCCAACACAAUUGCAAACAUGCAGAGGACGUGGCUGUGGUCUGUGCAGAAGAGUAGCCUGGCCUACCUGAAGCUCAGCCCAACCCCCACAGGCCCCACGUGUCCCCUACUUCUCAUGGACCCUGCCUGGCCUGGCCUGAGCCCUGGGCUACAGGCUGUACCUGCCUCCCGCUCUGCCCCCAGCAGCCAUCUGAGCCCUGUGUGCUGCCUUGCUCUACAGCCACACGCUCCUGUCAUUGCCUGGGGACACGAGCUGUUGAAUGCCCUCUGCUGGGAGAGAGGAGCCCAGAGUCACCCUCUCCUCACUCAGGAGCCCUGGCACCUGUGCCAUCUCUUUUCUCCCAGCCUGGGACCCCCAGGCCGGUGCCCUGACCAGUGUGGGCCAUGGCUGGGCACCAUCUAUGUCCGUAGAGAACAUAAAAGGAACCAGACCAUGACGUGGAACCUGGGGAGGAGUCUUUCAGAUCUUUUUCUCAUGCUUUAGGUGAUCACAACAAUUGAUAGCACCUCACAGCCCUCCUGCUUCUCGGGGACAGCACAUUCUUUCAGGAGCAGGGCAGCGUCCUGUAAUUGUAGAUGCUUUGAUGGUCCUCGGAAGCAAUGGUGUGCCCCUCCAAUGCCUGCAAUAAAAAUCCUUUGUUGACCCUCCAA